AGCUGGGGACUAGGGAGGGCGAGAGGGAGACGACAGCAACAGCAAGCAAGGGAGGGAGGAAUGGAUGCGGUCUCAGUGGUCGGAGGCAGAAGCGCGUGCGUUGCUUCUUCUUCUUCAAAAGCUGGAAGGGAUAACGGAUACAGAGCUCCUCGCAGCUGCUUAAACUACGCCCGCUCCCCUAUCCUGCGCACACCCUCCAGCAAGCACCACUACCUCCACUUAGCUGCAUUCCACUCCAACACCCAUCUCUUCUCCUCCGGUCCUGGCCAUGUUCCCCGCAGCCGUAUCCAGCCCCGCAUCUUCCUUCCCCACCUGGUCGCCUCCCUGGAAGUGGAGGAGACUUACAUAAUGGUGAAGCCUGAUGGAGUUCAGAGGGGCCUCGUGGGAGAGAUAAUUUCAAGGUUCGAGAAGAAGGGCUUCAAAUUAACCGGCUUGAAGCUCUUCCGAUGCCCCAAAGAACUGGCCCAGGCAUGGGAGGGUGUUGGAGUGGUUGUGUCGGCUCGCAAGUUAAUAGGGUCGACUAAUCCUCUUCAGGCUGAGCCUGGGACAAUUAGGGGAGAUCUUGCAGUUCAAACUGGAAGGAAUAUCGUGCAUGGAAGUGACAGCCCCGAGAACGGCAAGCGUGAAAUUGCUCUUUGGUUCAAAGAAGGCGAACUGUGCCAAUGGACACCUGCUCAAGAGCCGUGGCUGGUGGAGUAAUGAUUCAAAACUUCAAGUUCAACGGACUGCAAUUUUGUAAACUCUAUGAGCAUACAUAUCUUCAAGUGUCGAAUGGUGUUAAUCUUGUCUUAUAUUCUCCUUGGAUUAAUAUUUCCAUUUAUUCUAGAGGGUGCAUAAGCCCAGGUUUCACCUGUACUGUGAGAGGCUAAACUUUGAGAAAUUUCCUCUUAAUGGGAUUAUUUGUGUUUUACUUAUCGCAUGAACUUUAUUA